AGGAGCGCGGCGCGGGGCCCUCCAGACACAAAGAGCGGCUGCAGGACGCUGGUGGAAGAAGAGCGCCCGCCCGCCCCCUUGGCCUGUACGCGCGCAGGCGGAACCGGAGACGCCCUCACGCCCAGCCUGCGAUGGGAUGGACGAAGAGGAAGAGAGCCACUAUGUCUCGCAGCUCAGGGAUGUCUACAGCAGCUGUGACACCACGGGGACAGGCUUCUUGGACCGGGAGGAGCUGACCCAACUCUGCCUGAAGCUUCAUCUGGAAAAGCAGCUGCCUGUCCUUCUGCAAACACUUCUCGGAAACGACCACUUUGCCAGGGUUAACUUUGAGGAAUUUAAGGACGGUUUCGUGGCCGUCUUGUCAUCACAGGCUGGUGUCGGCUCCUCAGAUGAAGACAGCGGGUCUUUGGAGCCAGGUGCCCCCCGGGCCGUCCCCCCAAAGUACGUGAGCGGCUCUAAGUGGUAUGGCCGUCGGAGCUGGCCCGAGCCCUGUGACGCUGCGGGUGGAGCCCCGUGUUUACCGGAGCAGCCUGCCAGGCCCAGUGUGAGAAGCCAGCUCCGACGCUCUGCGUCUCUGGAAAGUGUGGAGAGUCUCAAGUCCGAUGAAGAAGCUGAAAGUGCAAAGGAUCCUCAGAAUGAGUUGUUUGAAGCAAAAGGCCAGCUGCCAACCUGGGGUUCUGAGGUCUUCGGGAGCCUCCGGAAGCCCUGCAGCUCCUCCUUCGACACCCCCGAGAGCCGGGUCCGAGGCCUCUGGGAAGAGCUGGGUGUGGGCAGCAGCGGCCACCUCACCGGACAGGAGCUGGCCCUGCUCUGCCAGAGCGUCGGGCUCCAGGGCCUGGAGAAGGAGGAACUUGAAGACCUGUUCAACAAGCUGGACCAAGACGGCGACGGCAGAGUGAGUCUAGAGGAAUUCCAGCUUGGCCUGUUCAAUCAUGGAUCCCCUCAACUUCUGGAAUCUUCCACACUUGUCAAACCGAGCGGGUCCUGGUCUCAUUACCAGGUCCCAGAGGAGGGUGGUGGCCAGACCACCACGUCAUCCCUUGUGUCCGUGAGCUCGGGCCCGCGCCUCUUGUGCAGCGUGGACGACGGCGCCGGCUUCGCCUUCCCGGAGCAGAUCGUCACCCUAUGGGCCCAGGAGGGGGUGCACAACGGCAGGGAGGUCUUGCAGAGCCUCGACUUCAGUGUGGACGAGAAGGUGAACCUUCUGGAGCUGGCCUGGGCCCUUGAGAACGAGCUCAUGAUGGUGGGCGGUGCCACUCAGCAGGCAGCCUUGGCCUGCUACCGCCAGGAGCUGAGCUUCCGCCAGGGGCAGGUGGAGCAGAUGGCCAGGGAGCGAGACAAGGCGAGGCAGGACCUGGAGAAGGCAGAGCAGAGGCACCUGGAGUUUGUGAAGGAGACGGAUGACCUCCACUCUGCCCUGGAGCAGCUCGCAGAGGAGAAGGUCAGACGCCUGGAGCAGGGGUACAGGGAGAGGCUGAGUCUCCUGCGGUCCGAGGUGGAGGUGGAGCGCGAGGUGUUCUGGGAGCAGGCCCGGCGGCAGAGGGCUGCGCUGGAGGAGGACCUGCAGCGCCUUCGGGCUGAGGAGGCCAGCCUCCGCCAGAAGCUGAGCCUGGCCCUGAAGGAAAACAGUCGACUGCAGAAGGAGAUGAUUGAGGUCGUGGAGAAGCUCGCAGAGUCGGAGAAGCUGGUCCUGAAGCUGCAGAAUGAUCUGGAGUUUGUGUUGAAGGACAAGCUCGAGCCACAGAGCACGGAGCUCCUGACCCAGGAGGAGCGGUUCUCAGAGGUCCUGAAGGAGUACAAGCUCAAGUGCCGGGACCUGCAGGACUGCAACGACGAGCUGCAGGCCGCACUGGAAGGCCUGCGGGCACAGCUGCCCCCGAGUCGGCACGGCCAGCUGCCCCCGGGACACGGCCCGGCAGGCAUUGUCACGUUUGUGGGUGAUUCCGUCCCAGUGAGUCUAGAGACGGAGAUAAUGUUGGAGCAGGUGAAGGAACGUUACAAAGACCUCGAGAUCCAGCUGGAGACCAAGGUGAAUUACUAUGAAAGGGAGAUGGAGGUGAUGAAAAGGGCCUUUGCGGAGGAGAGAAAGGAGCUGGAGCGGGCCUUCAAGCUCGAGGUUGGCGUGCUGCAGGGUCAGAAGGCCGAGCUGGCGACCCUGCACCAGGAGUCGCAGGAGGCUGUCCGAGGCCUGCGGGACCGGCUGCAGCGGGCCGUGGAGCUGGAGCGGGGCCACGCGCGGCAGCUGGCCCAGGAGAGGGACCAGCUGGAGGAGGCGCUGCAGCGGGUCAGGAUCAAGUUGGAUGGGCUCUCUGAAGAAAACACGUUUUUGAAAAAUGAGCUGACGAGGAUCCAGCAAGAGCUUGAAGCUGCAGGGAGGACAGAGGCUGCACAGAGGGAGGAAGUUGAGUUUUUAAAGAGAGAGAAGGAAAAGGCCUGCUCUGAGAUGGAAGAGCUCUGCACACAGAGUCAGAAAUGCAAGGAUGAAUUGUCCCAGCUCAACCACAGGGUCCUGCAGCUGGGAGAGGAGGCCUCCACCCACCAGGCCCAGAGCAAGAAGAAUCACAUCACUGUUCAGCUGCUGACACAGAGACUGGAGGAGGCGGCAUGCCGGGAGGAGCUGCAGGAUAACCAAAUCCAAAAACUUGAACUUGAACUUGAACACGUGACUCAGGAACGUCAGAGCCUGAGACUGGCACAGUCACAGCUGAGAGAGGCCCUUGAAGAGAGUCGGGACCAGCUGUACGGGGCCACCACGAGGCUGAGGCUGGCCCAGUCCCAGCACGCCCACGCGGUCCAGCAGCUGCAGGAGCAGAUGGAGCAGCUGGUGCCUCGGGGCCGCGUGGCUGAGCUGCAGCAGCUGCUGGAAGGGGAGCGGCAGGCGGCUCGGCAGCUCCAGGUGGAGGAACGGGAAGCACAUGAAAAACAGCUGAAAGCCGCAGAAGAGCGGGUGGAGGAGGUGGAAAUGAUUUUGAAGAACGUGGAAGCGCUCCUCCAAGAGAAAGUGCGUGAGCUGAAAGAGCAGUUUGAAAAGAAUACACGAUCUGAUUUGCUGCUCAAGGAGCUCUAUGUGGAAAAUGCUCACCUAACGAAAGCGCUUCAGGUCACUGAAGAGAAGCAACGAGGUGCUGAGAAAAAAUCCCGAUUCUUGGAAGAAAGAGUUAGAGCUCUCAACAAACUACUCAGUAAGAUCGCUUCAGCAUCUCUCUCUGUGUAGACUGCUUUUCUUCCUGGAGUUCAUUUUCAAAGAACAUCUUUUAAAAGUAAACCACUGUGAUGCCGUAACUUCUAUGGCUCAUUGGCCGCACACCCCUGGACAGAUGAGGAUUAUGACUCUCUGUUCGCCCCACAAGCAUUUAAUGAAGGUCGACUAUGUGCCAGAUGCUGGGGAAACAGACAUGUUGGAAAAGACUAUAUAUUUUUUAGUGGUCCCUAUGUAAAAUUCCUAAAUUUGCUGCUUACUAGUGGAACAGGUUAUGGGGGCUCUCAGCAAGGUAAAUGGUAAAAUAGUUUUAAUGUUUGACUUCUGACCUUGGCUACAGAGACUAAAAUGCAAAGUCAGGGCUCUGCAGUUCUGCCAUUUCACUGUUGCUGCUCUGGUUGAGUCACUGGCAUUCUCCAUAGUGGGUGGAUACAGACACUCCAGAAAUGCUUCACUUCCUGUGACUGUCAACUGGCGAUGAGGGGUAGAGGAGGGGAAGCCCCUUUGUUGGGGUCAGCUCCACUGCAGGGAUGUUUGGACAGUGCUUGUUAUUUUAGGGCUGUGGACUCAGGGAGGAUGGUUUCUAUUGUGAAUGCAAUCUUUUCCUCAUUGAAGUGUCAUCACACUGGAAAGUAUAUUAUAUGUAAAAAAAAAAAAAAGUAUAGUUUUAUAUCCAAAAUAUACAUAAAUUAUGGCCAUUUGGUUUAUCAGAGUAAACUACUGUAGUAU